AUGGAAUCCAUUGUCCUCAACAACCCCAGUCAAUGGCCAACCUGGUAUAAGGUUUUCCAGGGUAAAGCCACCGACUUGGACGUCUGGGAGCAAGUGGAUCCCGGCGCCGAAAACCCCGAGAAGCGGAUGCCGAAGCCGGAGCCUCCGGCCUUCUCCGACUACAAGAAGAAAGGUAUACCGCGACAUACCCGCGGAUCAAUCAUCGAGGUGUCACAGACACCAGAUAUCGAAGAAGUUCGAUCGAACGAGACGGCUAGAAGCCUCCAAGACCUUGUCAAGGAGGACCGUGAGGAGUAUGUACAGCUCCGGAGCGACUACAACCAUGAUAUCCGUAUCUACGAGCGUGAAGCGGCUGCUCUACGAGAGCUCCGCAACUGGGUCCUAUCGACAGCAGCCGAGAAGUACGUCAAUGCGUGCUGUAAACCUACGGAGACCCUCCAAGCCUGGAUGGUCAAGCUGAAGGGCGUGGCCUCGAUCUCGAACAAUGAACAAAAGAGCGCCGCGCGUGAGGAGUACGAGAAGACCACAAGGGACUUCAGCGAGUGGAGCGAGGACUUCCUAAAGGUCAUUGCGAAGACCGCUAUUUCUGCGUUCCACGCCACGUUCGAGGCGAAGUUCCACGAGUCGGACAACCCCUCGAUCAGCGAGAUCUCUGCGGAAGUACGACGAUAUAUACGAAUCCACGCAGAUACCCUAUCGACAGGACCAAGAGCCUCAAGAGGUGCCUUUGCCACAACAAGAGAAGGACCCAAGGAGACCAUGCCUCGGAGUACAACCAAGAAGCGACAUAGGGCCGCCGAUUCGCGGACCCAAAACGAGAUGCCAACGUGUCACGGAUGUGAUCUGCCACGACACCUACUUGCCAACUGCUUCUACUGCUUCCCAGAGGAAGCGUAUGAAGGAUGGAGGCCCAGCAACGACAUCAUGAAGAAGGUCACCGAGCGUCUCAAGGCCGAUGACGACCUCGCGGACCGCGUGAAGAAGAUCCGUGAACAACGCGAGAAGGAAGCGAAGCAGACCUGA